AUGCUCCCGCCCGCAGGCUACCGUAUCCGCCCCAGCCGCCCUUUGGACCUCGACGCUGUCGGCGGCCUGUACGUGUCGUGCUUCGCCCAUGACGCCAUCGUCGACCUGCUCUUCCCCACGCACCGCGACUGCCCGCGAGACUUUCGUGUCCACAUGUACCGCCAUUACCAGCGCCGCUUGUGGACGCCCGGCUGGGUGCUCACCGUGCUGGUCGAUGAGGCGCGCGGCGGCCUGCCCGUUGGAUUCGCCUGGUGGAGGCGCCCCGAGGGGGACUUGACCUUGGCGGAGCGGUGGUUCACGUCGUACGCCUGGCUCGCCCCCCUCAAGCGGCUCUAUGUGUCCUUCAAGGACUGCCUCUGGCCAACCGCCGUCCUCGCCACCAACGCCUCCAUCCUCGGCCGUAUCCUGGCCACAGUAGAGCUUCAGCUGCUCGAGGUCUCGCCGCCCCGCCACCUGGCCGCCGCCUGGUUCCUGUCCUCGUUCGCCGUCCUGCCUGAGCUCCAGGGCCGCGGGCUCGGCGCCGCGCUCCUCUGCCAUGGCCUGCGCCGCGUCGACCGCAAUAGCGCCCCGAGCUGGCUAGUCGGCAUCGGGGGCGUCGAUUACUUUUACGCGAGGCACGGCUUUGUCGAGGUUGCGAGGGCUAAUGUCGAAGAGCUGGCUGGCUGGGAGGGCGGCACUGUUAUGUUUAGGCACUCCAAGAGCCACGUCUCUCCAGCUUAA